UCUCUCUCUCUCUCUCACUCACACACACAUAGACCAUCAGCCCAUCCUCUCGGUCUAAUUAGAGGGAGUGGUUCAAUAAUGCGCCAACCUCCGCCAGCAGCCUAAGAGUUAAACUGCCGAGCCUGCUGUUGAACACACCAUCCAACCGGGCUGUGUCGCUAAGGGAAGAUAGGCUACUUGUGGAGAAGCAACAGAUCCUCAGCUGGAAAACAACCCCACAUCUGGCACGCGAGCUGAGCGUUUUCAACAGGAAGAACUGGUGGAAUAUUUCAGUGCCUAAUUUAAUUUAAUGCGCGACUGGAUCAUUCGCUGCCUCCCUGGUCUGAGUGUAUGUGUGUGUGUGUGUGUGGAGAGGAGAAAAGUUGUCAGGAAUAGUUGUGGAUUGACGUUGCAGAAUUUGGAGAUUUGUCAAAAAGGGGUGAUGAGUGUCACGUUAUCUCAGGCUCAGUGGCUCACCCUGUAGGCCCGUACUGCCGUGCGUAAUUGGCAAAUAUUCUUCUUUUGACUGGAAAAGACGCUUUGUUCAUGGGAGGGACACAAUUGCCAAAUCUGGAGGCAUCACUGUAAGUCCUAUUGUGCAAUCUGUUCGACAAAAACAUUGAAAAGCGCACACAGUGAGCCUGCCACCUGCGUUUUGUUGCGACACCAGACUGAGUUUUGUAACAGGUGGUUUUUAUUGAGCUUCUCACUUUGGCGCUGUCUGGAGCGCUGUUUUUUGGGGGAUAAAUGAGCCGCACAGGCCAUUAGACUGGGGUCUGAAAUGAGGGCGCACUUUGCGUUAUUUUUUUGAUUUUUUGCACGAGUGGACAACAUAUUGUAAGCGGGAGGCGAAGAGCCAGAAGGUCUCUAAAUGAUAAGCUCGGUGUGUGUUUCGUCUUACCGAGGGCGCAAGUCAGGCAACAAACCUCCGUCUAAAUCAUGUCUGAAGGAGGAGAUGGCCAGAGGAGAAGACUCGGAUAAAAUUAUCAUCAACGUGGGCGGCACGAGACAUGAAACCUACAAAAGCACCCUCAGGACCUUGCCGGGGACCCGCCUGGCAUGGCUGGCCGACCCGGACACGCAGGUCAGCACCGAAUCGGACUCUGCGCCCCCGAGCGCGAACGAGUUCUUCUUCGACAGACACCCGGGCAUCUUCGCCUACGUGCUCAACUAUUACCGGACCGGUAAGCUGCACUGCCCCGCCGACGUCUGCGGGCCGCUCUUCGAGGAGGAGCUGGCGUUUUGGGGGAUCGACGAGACCGACGUGGAGCCGUGCUGCUGGAUGACCUACCGACAGCACCGGGACGCGGAAGAGGCCCUGGAGAUAUUUGAGCCACCGGAACCGGAGGACACCGACGACGACAGAGAGAUGCCGAGACGGUUCGGUAUCGAGGACUGUCCGGACAGGUCGAGAGGAUGCUGCGAAGUUUGGCAGCCGAAGGUCUGGGCCCUGUUUGACGACCCGUACUCAUCCAGAGCAGCCAGGGGAGUGGCACUCGCCUCCCUCUUUUUCAUCCUGGUGUCCAUCACCACCUUCUGCCUGGAGACCCACGAAGCCUUCAACGAACUGCAGAACCGGACAGAGCUGGUUGUCAUGGGCAACGUCACAAAAGAAUUUGAGAGGAAGGAGAUGGUGACAAAGCCCAUCCUCACCAUGGUGGAGGGCGUCUGUGUGAUCUGGUUCACAUUUGAGUUCCUGGUGCGUAUCGUCUGCUGCCCAGACAAGGUGGUCUUCAUCAAGAACUCACUCAACAUUAUUGACUUUGUGGCCAUUCUGCCAUUCUACCUGGAAAUGGGCCUGAGCAGCCUGUCAUCCAAAGCUGCCAGUGACGUGCUGGGUUUCCUCCGUGUGGUGCGGUUUGUUCGAAUCCUCCGGAUCUUCAAGCUGACGCGGCACUUUGUAGGCCUGCGCGUGCUGGGACACACGCUGAAGGCCAGCGUCAAUGAGUUCCUCCUGCUCAUCAUCUUCUUGGCACUGGGUGUACUCAUCUUCGCCACCAUGAUAUACUACGCUGAGCGCAUCGGAGCCAGUCCAGACGACCCCACAGGCUCCAACCACACACACUUCAAGAACAUCCCCAUCAGCUUCUGGUGGGCGGUGGUCACCAUGACAACGCUAGGCUACGGAGACAUGUACCCACAGACGUGGCUGGGCAUGAUGGUGGGGGCGCUGUGUGCUCUGGCCGGGGUCCUGACCAUCGCCAUGCCGGUGCCUGUCAUCGUCAAUAACUUUGGGAUGUACUACUCGCUGGCUAUGGCCAAACAGAAGCUGCCGAAAAAGAAGAAGAAGCACAACCCGAACCCAGAUGCUCCGACUGACUCAGCCUCGUUUGGGAAGUCAGAUACAAACUCACACAGAGACAGCACUCAGAGCGACACGUGCCCGCUGGCUGCUGAGGAGAGUGUCGCCAGGAACCGCUCAGACUCCAAACAGAACGGAGAUGCAAAUGUGGCCCUUUCAGAGGAGGAAGGCUGCAGCCUGACCCAGCCGCUGUCCCCCAGUGAAAAGUGGUCCCUGCGGUGCUCCCGAGGGCGAGACAAGACUAAGAAAGAGGCCACCUGCUUCCUCCUAACCUCUGGAGACCCUAACGUUCAUACUGAGAGCUGUAAAGACAUCCUCGCUGCCACUGGAAACUACGCUCAGCCAGAGGUCACCACUCUGACCUGAUGCUGAUUGGCUACGAAAAGAGGAAAGAGCAUGAACUGGCGGCGGAGUACAUGCUGUGCGGAGCUGCGGCUCUGGUCCCUGCUUUUCCUUCCUGAAUGAACUGUAGACGGGAUUCCUUUUUAUUCAGGAUGAGAUUGUUUUUGUUGUUGUCUCUGUCACACAUCUAAAACCCUGUGGUAGAAUAUCAGAUGUAUUGCAGAUUUCCCAUAUGUGCACUCAUUAACAUGUUACGAAGCAUUUUAUAUGUACUGCAUGAUCUAGCAUUGUAUGAUGUACCUUGAAAACGGACUACAGUUAUUAUGCUCAUUUAGUGGACAUGUCAUAGCUUGUCUUAAUCUGAAGUGACUGUUAUAAUGACAUAGCGACAAUUUUGCUCAUCAGAUAUAACAUUUGUUAGCCUGAUUCUGUUUUUCUUUUUUCCAUGUUUGGAGUAAUAUGUACAGAAACAGUCUGUUAUAGUUCUUUUUGGGACUCAAAAGACACUUCAUCGUCAUUUGGAUAAACGUCUUGUGUCCAUGAAUGUUGUUGAGUAAGAACACCCAAAACACUUGUGAAUAUGGGAUUGUACAGCCUAACUGUUACUGUGAACUAGGAUUAGAUGAAAACUUGAAAAUCAUAGUUUGAUCCUCAACAAAACAGACCCAGAGUUCUUUGUUCUUCAUCCGGUCUCUGCCUUCUGUCGUGCCACUGCUUUUUAACACUGACCACAGGGACAACAUGCAGAUACUUUGUCAAGACACAGCGUGGUAUGAAUGCUGCUCAGGCAACACACUGUUUGUAAAUCCUUGUACAAUAAGAGAAUUUAACAAAAGAGAGAAAAAAAAAAAAUCAAUGGAGCAGUAUUGUCUGUCUGUUACAUUAGCCGUAUACAAUUGAUGCAUCAUUACUGGUUGAGUCAGGAUCAACUCUAUUAGAUUACGUGGUAGACUUUCAUUACCAUCAUUCGUAAAGAAUACGUACAGUACAAUGCCAUUAGUUCCACUUGUGCCUCACGUUGAGUAAUGGAGCUUAAAUAUGUGCAGUGAUGUAAUUAGAUUUGUUCCUUAACACUUCUGGUUGUGUCGGUUCUGUAGAAACCCCCGUUACAUGUUUCCACAGAGCGAGGAGGAAGAGGAGUGCGGUUUCUUUCACUUGUGACUUAUGAUAUAUUCCUCAUGGUCUACCAUAGUGGCCUUAUGUUUAAUAAACAAAAGGGAAGGUUCAUUUCAUCUUCAUUAGCCUCCAGCUCAUUUCUAUGCUGACCCGGAGGUGUGUAAUUAUGUAUAAGCACAGUUGUACGUACAGUAUGUAGCACAGUACAAUAUUCUGGAUCAUUCCUUCCUCUCUCCUGUGUAUAUGACAUGCUUAUGCAUCAUGAAAUAGCUGUUAACCAAUAAUGAAAGAUUAUUAUUUUGAUAAUUCACCUUUUUAGCCUCAUUUACUGUUUUUCCUUGUUGUAUAUACUCAAAUGUGACAGAGAAGCACAUCAGUUUCAUAUUUUCCCAUUAGAGAUCGUCUACUGUAGGUGACUGUGAUGGAUUGUAACCCCUGUCGGAUGUCAUAUGGUGUGUGUGUGUGUGUGUGUGUGUGUGUGUGUGUGUGCGUGCGUGCG